CGCUGCACAAAAUACGCUCCGAUUGCGCCCUCAGUUGCCCGCACGGUUCUCUGCGUUCUUCCCGGCAUCUGCACGGUGUCGUCAACGGGGCCGCUUGAAUCGCGUCUUGAUAUUCCACUGACUAGGAACAGAACACGAUUUCGGCCAUGUGGAGAAUAUCGAGUCCCAGAGCCAUCCCGUUUUCGACUUUUGCCAUCCGAUCCGGGCCAGGGCCUCAACCUGACCGCUACGGUGGGCUUACGGAACACCGUCCUCGCGUGCUAUCCGUACUCAGUGCGGAUAUGA